UGAAUGCUUCUGAACCGCUUUACCAAACAGACCAACAGAAAAAUUCCCCAUUAGAUCUGGCUGCUGGGAAUUGUGGGAUUGGCCCAGAUCUGGAGCACGGAUCAUUAAAAAUGAAGAUGCGGAUGAAAUGGCGUGAUCUCUGAGACCAGUGUUAGCUAAUGAUCUCCUCUCAAUCUGACACAGCACAAUCUACGUCUCAUUUAUUGUGUCUCUUUCUCAUGGCUGCUUCCCCCGGGUGCUGACCGCUGCUGUUUUUACGCCUGAUCUGUUGUUCUGCUCUCUUGAUUCUACCACAACAGAGCGAUUAGCCCUCUUCGUCACCCUCCUCAUCAUCGUGACAUGAUGUCUCUGGCUUCUGUGUUAGAUCCUCUGCUCCGAGCCCUGCAGGGUCCUGUCAUGUUUAAUAGAGAGUUUGGGGACUGUUCUGUUGUCAGUGGACUAUUAAUCGUCACUUUGGCAUUCAUUAAUAACUGACCUCUUAAAUUGGAUCUUCCAUCCAUACAGUUGUCAUGGUAAUUAGGGCGACAGUGAUGUCACAGCUCAUGUGUUGGCAAGAAUCAACUUAACGAUUCAAUCUUUUAUAUUAUAGACUCUGUAGUUGUGUUAACAAUAUAAUAAAACUUUAUAAUCUUUUAUAUCAGUUUGAGAGGGAAUAAAUUAUGUGGAAAAAUUUAGAUGAUGAACUAAAUCGGAUGUCCUGUUUUAUUUUAUUAUUUUCACCAUUUAAAAAUUCUACAUAAUAUGGACUAAUUUUAAUAUGGACAUCCACUGGAGGUAAGAAACGACUAAAGCUUGAUGACCUGUUUUAUUUUAUUACUUCAUUUUUUAUUUUAUUUGCAAAAUCGCUCCAAACCUUUUUAAAAUUCUACCAAAUUAUGUGAAAUAAGUUUAAAGGACACUCACUAGAUGAAUUAACAAACAACUAAAAUUGAUCACAGGUUCUAUGAUUUUAUUUUAGUUGCAAAAUGACUAAAAUGUUACAUAAUUAUGUGGAAUAAAUUUUAAAAUUCUACAUAAUAUGGAAUAAUUUUAAAUGACAUUCACUGAACUAAACACAACUAAAGCUGAUGACCUGUUUUUUAUUUAAUUGAAAUAAUUUUUAAAUUCUGCAAAAUAAUGUGAAAUAAGUUUAAAUGACAUUCAUUACAGUAAUCUAAUUGAAUUAACAAACAACUAAAGCUGAUCAAAGGUUCUGAUUUUAUUUUAUUUGCAAAAUGACUUCUAAUUCUACAUAAUUAUGUGGAAUAAAUUUAAAUUACAUUCAGUGGAGGUAAAAAAAACAACUAAAGAUGACGACCUAUUAUUUUAUUUUAUUAAAUCACUGCAGACCAUUUUAAAGUUCUACAUAAUUGUGUAAUAACUUUAAUUGACAUUCACUAGAGUUAACAAACAAUUAAACUGAUGACCUAUUUAUUGCAUUUAUUUUAUUCUAUUUUUUAAAAAAUACGAGCAUAAUUAAUUGAAGUAGUUUAAUUAACAUUUAUUUCAUUAUUAAUUUUUGCUCUUUAUUAAAAACAAAUCAUAAGAGAAUAUAAAACCAACCUCAGCUUUUGUGUUAAAUGAAAAAAAAAAAAGUAUAGCAUUACACAAUGAAACAAAUGACAAUAUUUGCUGUAAAAACACAGCAUAAGUAAUUCUACUAUAAGCAAAGUUUUAAUUCUGAUGUAUCAAAUUAACCAAAUCAGACAGUAUUGAGACACUCCCCAGACGACCUGAUUUUAUCUUCAUAUUCGGUAAAGCUCUUAUAAUGUCAAACUUUUCCCGCGAGUGAUUCUAAAGCUGUUCUGUAAGCCUCCAACCCUUGUUUUUGAUAAAACUCCCACAGUCUGAGUGGGUGUGAGAUGGAGGAUGAAGGAAUGAAGACAAUAAUAUGGUGUGAAGUGGGAUGUGUAAAGACAACAGCAGGCCCGCAAAAGCACUGGACGUGGAUAGGGUGUCGGUAUAAAAGGAGAGAAGUACUGAAAUCAGCAGUUGGAAGUCAUUCAAAGCUUCGGAGGUGAAGAAUUGUCACUGCGCUGACAGAAUGGCUCAGUUAUUGUUGGGAUUUCUUGUGCUCGCUGUAACGAUCAAAGAUACAUUGGCACAAAGGAUCAUCGGGGGUCAAGAGGUCGUGCCUUACUCUAUCAAAUACCAGGCGUCUCUUCAGGUUGACAGGAGGCAUUACUGUGGAGGAACCCUCAUUCAUCCUCAGUGGGUGUUGACUGCUGCCCACUGCUGGAGACCGGCCAGUGUGAUUCAGGUGGUGCUGAGUGAGCACAAUCUUGCUGUAGAAGAGGGAUUUGAGCAAGUGCUUAAUGUGUCCAGAGUCUACAGUCAUUUUGCCUACAAUCCAAAAACUUUUAACAAUGACAUCUUGCUCAUAAAGCUCAGUGUUCCAGCCCAGAUUAACGCUUAUGUUCAACCGGCCACACUGCCAACCGUAGACACGCCUGAGUUAUAUGAAGGAGCCAGCUGCACUGUGAGCGGAUGGGGAGUGACACGGAUAUACAGCUUCUAUCUGUCACCGAUUCUGCGUGCGGUGGAUGUGUCGAUCAUGAGCUAUUGCCAAUACUACUACUACUACAGAGUGAAUGACAACAUGGUCUGUGCGGGCUCUCGCUUCGGGGGAAAAGACGCCUGCCAGGGCGAUUCGGGCGGUCCUCUCAUUUGUGAUGGGACUUUGGAAGGCAUUGUGUCAUGGGGAAUCGGCUGUGCUCUUCCGUACUAUCCUGGCGUCUACACAAGAGUGAGAAACUACAGCCGCUGGAUCGACUGGAUCAUCAGCUCUGACAGCUGA